GCUCCUUUUCCUACCGGCUGACCCGAGAUCCAUGCCUGGCAGAGCACGCUCCCAGAAAGCAGCCCGAUGACUCUAACCAGGCAGGAUUUCGGUGGGACGCUUCCGCGCCCCUGUGAGUUGGGCAUUGCCAGCAUGGAAUGCAGCAGCGGCAAAGAGGAAACCAUGCUGCAGUCCUUGGCAGCUGGAGAGCCCUUCAGGCCCGUGGAGCCCCCGAAGAAGGCAACAGGGAGGUUGGUGAUGCACAGCAUGGCCAUGUUCGGCCGAGAGUUCUGCUACGCCGUGGAGGCGGCCUUCGUCACACCUGUGCUGCUCAGCGUGGGGCUCCCCAAAAGCCUUUAUAGCCUCGUCUGGCUCAUAAGCCCCAUCCUUGGUUUUGUGCUGCAGCCUGUGGUUGGCUCGGCCAGUGACCACUGCAAUUCAGCCUGGGGCAAGCGGAGACCUUACAUCCUGGUCCUGGGCAUUAUGAUGCUGGUAGGGAUGGCUCUGUACCUCAAUGGAGAGACAGUUGUCUCAGGUGAGUAACUGAACACUUUGUUGAGCCGUGCAAAAUGCACCUUUGUGAAUCCGAAGAUAUGGGUGGGUGGGUGGGCCGAACAGUGGAUUCCCCUCCCACCCUCGAUUGAAAAUGCAAGCUUUCUCAACAAGUUUGAAGCAUGCAUAUUUGGUUAUGUGUCUGUGAAGGAUUAGCUAGCACCGUGAAAAUUAACUAAUGUGUGAAAUAAAAGACCUCUUGCACUACAGGGCUGAACCUUGUGUUUGAAGGAGGCUUGGACGCAAAUGCUGUUUGUAUUCUGCAUGCAUGUUUGAUACGACUGUUGCUGCCAGAGUCGCCUCUUUCCAGUCAUAGACAGGUUCCAGGAGUAAAGAAAAUAGGCAAAGAGCUAAUUUCAUUUUGAGACUAAUCAUUUUAAUCAUUGUUUAUUUCAUGAAAAAGUUGAACUAUGUUGUGAUUCCAUGAUGCAGAGGCUAAUACUGGCAGAAAGUUACAACAACAACAACUAUAAUAAUAAUAAUAAUAAUAAUAAUGGACAGGGUCUGUGAAGCACUUCAAAGUCCCAGUUAAUAAAACACAAAUGCUCUUAUUGAUUGUUCAAGUACUUCACAUACACCAGCAUGGUGUAGUAGUUAUAGUGUUAGACUAGGACCUGGGAGACCAGGGUUCAAACCCCAAUGCAGCUAUGAAGUUCAUUGGAUGACCUUAGGCCAGUCAAUCUUGGCCUAGGCUACCUCACAGGGUUCUUGUGAAGAUAACAUUGGAAGGAAGAGAAAUGUGUAGGCCACCUUGAACUCCUUGGGGGAAAGGUGGGAUAAAAAUGCAAUAAAUAAACAUCAGUAAUCCCUACAACAUCUUUUAGGAUCCCUAAAUUUAAGGUGCUUACAGCAGAGGCACUUAACAACAGGUAACUGGUUUUAUUAGAAUCAUAGAGCAGGAAGGGAUCUCAAAGGUCAUCCAGUCCAACCCUUGCCAAUACAUCCCUGAUGUGGUGGCUGGAUGACCACCUCUUUUGAGCUAGUCUGCUCCAUUCUCAGGAAGCUCUUCCUAAUGUUUAGUCAGAAACCCCUUUCUUGUAAUUUGAGUCCAUUAACUGUGGUCUUCCCUUCUGAAGGAACAAAAAGCAAAUUUGCUCCACCAUCUGCGUGGCAUCCCCUCAGAUAUAUAAAGCUUGCUUUCAUAUUGUCUCUUAAUUAAUCUCUUCUCCAUGCCCAGCUCCAUCAACCUAUCUUCAUAGGACUUGGUCUCUAGAACCCUCUAGACACUCUAGUUACUCGAUAGCCUUCUCAAACUGCAGUGCCCAUGUAAAUAAAACAAGCAGCUGUGGGUGCUUAUUUUACCACAAUUAAGGACCAAUUCACGACACAUUCUUUAGAGGCUUUCGAAAUGAGGAGCUUCCUGCAAUAACCUUGUGAGGUUCAGCAGUCAAGAUGACUGGGCUGUUAAAACGGGCUUUGAAACUUCUUUGAAAGUGCUCUGGUAGAUUAGAAAUCCAAUAGAUUUUUGACGCUGUUAACCCUACAUCCCUAGCCACUGACUCAGUAGUCAUCCUGCAGAAACAACAGGGAAUUCAAGAAUGGAGGUGUUGCAAUACAAUUUCCAAAGUGCUUGGGUCUUGCAUUUAAAUUGCCUUUGUCCCACUGCAAUCAAUUGAGUUAAAUGGAUUUUUACCAAGUGAGUUAAUACCAACUAAAGUGGUUCAAAGCCAGCUAUUCCCUUCCAGUGUGUGAUAAGAGUCUGUUGUGGAAAAUAAAAUAUAAUCAGGUGCCUAAUGAAGCCUUUGGUGUGUCCUGGCUCAACACAUAAAUCAACUUUGACUGUGUGAUUUCGGCUGCCAGCUUGCCACCCCGAGAUUGCGACUUCUUCAUCCCAAUGAAGCAGAAGACUUAAUGGCCUCCACUGCUCCAGACAGCUUCCCUCCGUCCUUUUGUUAUUUCCCUUUCUCAUCCAGGUGUAUCACACAGAAGGUGGAGCAAGGGAGUGGUGGGUGAACGGACCAGACCAGAGGGGUAGAAUACGUUUGGGAAAGAAAAGCUGCAAUGGUUGAGUCCCCAGCUUUGUUGGCCAUAAGAACAGUGAUAUAAUUGCCCUAACUGGAACCCAGCAUCCCCAUUCAUGUAACCGAAUACUGGAGAUAUUGCAGUGGUUUCAGGGGCAAGCUAUGGAGUAGGACUGAUGCACAUCAUUCAUGAGCUGGUACAUAUAAUGAAUUGGAAUGAUUUAGGAUGACAAAUGGGGGGGCGUUGAGGAGGGUCGUUUUACAGGGAACCAGGCAGAGGGCCUUCUCGGUAGUGGCACCCGACCUUCCCACCAGAUGUCAAAGACAAAAACAACUACCAGACUUUUAGAAGACAUCUGAAGGCAGCCCUGUUUAGGGAAGCUUUUAAUGUUUAAUAGACUAUUGUAUUUUAAUAUUCUGUUGGAAGCUGCCCAGAGUGGCUGGGGAAACCCAGCCAGAUGGGCAGGGUAUAAAUAACAAAUUAUUAUUAUUAUUAUUUUGGGGGUGAGUGAAAACUCCUGGGGGGCAGAGGCAGAAACACAGAUGCCAAAGAAGCAGCCUACACUCCAACAUUUCUCAGAUGAAAAUGUCCCUAUUUUCAUCUGAGGAAUGUUGGAGGGUAUGCAACUGGUACACAGAGGCAUACUGCCUUUGACAGUGCCGUGUAAGAGGAGUGAAAUCUCCCCUCCUGCACCUUACCUUCUCCCAGUCAGUUGCUCCAGCCAUACAUCUCUGUUCCUAGAUCCCUUCUGAAAGAGACUGGCACAGCCAGCUGCAAGGAAGUAAGGUACGAGUGGGUGGGGGUACAUUUUGGAAACUGCUGACACAUCUAAUGCACAAAAAUAAAAAAGUGAAAAUUGCUGCAAUCUUAGAACAAUCACAGAUUGAGAAGCCCCCAGCAUUCCUGUUAGAGCUUUCCUAUGCAAGCGAUGGCUUUUGUGAGCGAAGAAAGCAACAGAAAAUUGCAGCCGCAUUGGCCCUCAGUACUCCAUGGUGUCUAGGAAACGGCUGUAAAGUGAACCAAUUUCUUCUUUUGCAGCUUUGGUUGCAGACAGAGGCACCCAGAGGACUUGGGCUAUAGUUAUCACCAUGCUGGGAGUGGUGCUCUUUGAUUUUGCUGCUGACUUCAUUGAUGGUCCCAUCAAGGCGUAUUUAUUUGACGUCUGCUCUCAUCAGGACAAGGAGAAAGGGCUUCAUUAUCAUGCCCUCCUGACAGGUAAAAGUCAUAGCAUCUGAACGGUUCUCUUUCCCCUCCCUUUAAUCAUACGGCGCGAUGAGGGAGAGAGAAAGGUGGCAGCUGCCUGGAGUUCCUUCCUGUCUUCCCAUGCUUAAGCUUCUUGAACAAGUUGGUCAUCUGAUGCAGUGCUUCAGUAACAAGCAUUGUUUAACAGGUCAUCUUGUGACCGCUGUAGCUGCUACAGAGAGGAUCUGGAGGAACAGCUUCUUUUGAAAGAAGUAACAUCCUACAAUUAAAAUUGAAGCCAAACGAGCAAGAAUUUCCUCCUGCUUUUGGCAUGUAUUGGGUUGUUAUACUGUUCUGUUUUUGCAUAUUUGUACAGUGGUACAUCGGGUUAAGUACUUAAUUCGUUCCGGAGGUCAAAUUAACCUGAACUGUACUUAACCUGAAACUGUUCUUAACCUGAAGCACCACUUUAGCUAAUGGGGCCUCCUGCUGCCGCUGCACCGCCAGAACACGAUUUCUGUUCUCAUCCUGAAGCAAAGUUCUUAACCUGAAGCACUAUUUCUAGGUUAGUGGAGUCUGUAACCUGAAGCGUAUGUAACCUGAAGCAUAUGUAACCCGAGGUACCACUGUAUUUUCCGCAAUGGGAACUGAAACCCAGCAAAGGGCCAGAGAAGAUACAACAGCACAAGCUUUUUAAACCUGGAUUGUAAACUCCUAGUCACAUUGACUAUAGAAAGUGAGUCCCAAUGGGCUUAGUAAAAUUUACACCUCAGGAAACUAGAUGUGGACUCUGCUGCAUACUUAAAUACCGUUUAGAAGAGUGCAGUUGUCCCAUCCUCUUCCCACUCACCCCCAGUGUCUGGUGGGAAAUAAAUUUGCCUGUCAUGCCUUUUGAUAGUGCUGCUACCACAUGCAAUGCAGAGUUUGUUUUGCAUUUAGAUGUUACAAAUCUGCUUAUUAUGCCAUGCAAAUCCUCAAGACAUACAAAAGAGAUGCCAAGAAGUUUGGGACGGCGUGCACAUUGUACAUUUAAAGAACAGAAUACCUGCCCAAGAAUCCUGGCAACCGUAGCUUACCCCUCACAGAGCUGCAAUUUCCAGCACUCUUAACAAGCUACAGUUCCCAGAACUCUAUAGGGAAAGUUAUGUGCUUAAAGAAUGUAUGGUGCUGGGUAUUUGGCUUCUUUGGUUUAAUAUCUUUAGCCCUUCAAAGAAGAAUAAAUAUGAUUAUAUUAGGGAACCUGUGGUCCUCAAGAUGUUAGACCCAUAAUAAAUAUGAAUUUUCUCUUUUUAACUCAUCAGUAUUUAUUGACGUUUUGUUGGUGCUUCUAUGCAUACUGUUGUUGAUUUUAUUAUUAUAUGUUGGACACCAUCUUGAUAUUUUUUUAAAACAACAGUGUGGAUUUUAAAUAGAUAAAUAAUUCUGGGCUUAAAGAUUCCUGCAUCACAGAGGCUGGACUCGAUCACUAUUGUGGUCCUUUCCAACUACAGUGGUACCUCGGGUUAAGUACUUAAUUCGUUCUGGAGGUCCGUACUUAACCUGAAACUGUUCUUAACCUGAAGCACCACUUUAGCUAAUGGGGCCUCCUGCUGCUGCCGCUGCACCGCCGGAGCACAAUUUCUGUUCUCAUCCUGAAGCAAAGUUCUUAACCUGAAGCACUAUUUCUGGGUUAGCGGAGUCUGUAACCUGAAGCGUGUGUAACCUGAAGCGUAUGUAACCCGAGGUACCACUGUACAAGUCUGUGUUUCUAUAUUUCUAUCACACUUGUCUAGGGAUGGGGGGGAUUUGAUUUUGCGUGCAUAGUAAUGUGAAAACUACCUAAUUUGUACUAAUUCUUCAAACAAACACAUAGGAAUUUGCUGGCAAAGUGUGUAUGUUAAUCCAAACUGCAUACAAAAAUGUGUUUGUUGGGAGAACUUUGCACUGAAAUGCGGGUGAAUUUUCAUGAGGAGUUAACAAAUAACAGUUCGCAAAUUGCUGUGGAAAUGUGGAGAUCUGAAUUUAAGACGGGAAAUACAAGAAACUGAGUGGAACCAAAAUAGACAAAUUCAUCCAUCCUAGUCCUUGACCAUUGUCCCUACUGGCUGGAGAUGAUGGGCGUCUAAACUCAACAUCUGGAACAUAGCUGUCAACUUUCAGAUUUGAAAAUAAGGGAUCAGCAGCCUCAAAAAUAUUUAAUAUUUUUUUGGAAGCUGCCCAGAGUGGCUGGGGAAGCCCAAGCAGAUGGGUGGGGUAUAAAUAAUAAAUUUAUUAUUAUUAUUAUUAUUAUUAUUGAAAAUAAGGGAUCAGCAGCCUCACCUGUCCUGGGGACAGUCUAUGGGAUAUCUAACAAUCCGGGAUAGCAGCGGGAAACGGCGCUGGAAUAAGGGAAUUUCCCGCAAAAAAGGGAACGUUGACAGCUAUGAUCUGGAAGGUCACAGGCUACCCACCAGAGCGUAUGGGCUCCGUCUAACCCACAGAGGGAGAAUCUGUGGUCCUUUAGAUGUUGGGCUGUAACUCCCAUCACCUCCAUCAUUGUUCUGUUCCCUCUAAUAGCCUUGCUCUGAGCAAGGAGGUUCUCCCCACAAAGCCUAGUCCUUAUUGACUCAUUAUGGCUGCUGCCCUCCUCACCUGCCAUCCCAUCUCACUCUUCUGCUUGUUACCCACUUGGAUUCUCCAUCGUCUGGCCUGACUGCAUGCUCUUUACUCCUUUCCCUCCAGGGUCAACAGUAUUUUCAUGAUUUGUGGGUGGGGUGGGGAAGGUCAUGAAAGAAAAUGCAUUCUUUCCCCCCAGCUUGGAAUAUUUUCCCAGAAACUUUCCCCCCACCCCACCAUAAAUGAGAGUUUUUAUUUCCUCAAAUCCAGAGUCUCUUACGAGGUCACAUCCAGAGUGACACUGGAUGGUGGUGAGAGAUGGAAGGAAGUUCCAUGUGAUUCAAAUGCCUGCCGACCACACUGCCACUAAACAAAGAGAAGGUUGUGUUGCAUUGCAGUCUGAGUGACGUCAGCCCCUAGCCGUUACUUAAAUUGCGGGUUAUAUACAUAGAUUUGACCUUUACAUUAUUGCAUAUCCUGCUAACCAUAGUAUUUGUGGGUGCAUUUUAGAAGCACUUGCAAAUGCAUGGUAAACGUUACGUUGACAAUUUCCCAUGAAGCAAGCCGUUACUAGAAUCUGUAGCAUCAUAACGUUAACGUAGCAAGGGUCCUUUUCCAGUCCUAGGGCCACAUUCCUUUCUGGGUAGCCUCCCAGGGGCCACGUCCCAGUGGUGGGCAGGGCAAUGAGUGUAUAUUUUACUUUUGUACAACAGACUACGUUCUACACUCACUUGCAUGCUGUCAGCAAUAAAUCACACUGUGUCAAUGAAGUUAACUCUUAAUUCAAGGAAGCAGGUUGACUCAGGGGGUCAGGCCUAAUGAGCACAGCAACUCAUCCUAGUAGAUCUUGCUCCUACGAGGCACUUGUAAGGACUGAAGGUCCCCGCUUCCCCAAAGUUCACUACAUUUCCUCCUCCCCCAGGUUCUUCGCAAGCAGAGAAUUAUUUGCCUUGUCUGCCUUUGCUCCUCCCUCUCCAUACCUCUUCUGGUUCUGGGAGCUGGUUGCAGCAGGAUGGGGACAUGCCCGGCUUCUUCAGCAACCUGCCUCAUCUCUGUCUCUUCCUCUCCAGCCUCUGCUUCUGGACUGCUCUGCCACAGCCUCUUCCUGCUCACUAAACCUUGUUACCUAUUCAGCUUCCAACACCACUUCCUCCCCGUCGGCUCCCUCUUCUUCCUCUGACCACUCAUCUUUGUCCUACCGCUAUCAACAACCAACAACAAAUAGCUCCCCUCCCACAAACACUUUUAAAAGGCCAUACAUUGUUUAUUCAACCAAGGCCUGGUUAUAGAAAAAUGCUUCUGCCUGGCACCUAAAGAUUUAUAGUGAAGGUGCCAGGUGAGGCUCCCUGGGAAAAGCAUCCCACAAUUGGGAAGCCACCACAGAAAAGGCCCAUUCUCAUGCUGCCCCUCUCUGGACCUCUCUUGGAAGGGGCACACAAAUAACCUGACAUGUUGAUGUUAAAUACGAUUCUACUGUCUUUAUUUUUCUGUUCUUUUUUAGGUCUAGGAGGGGCCCUUGGUUACCUUACAGGUGCCAUCGAUUGGGGGCAUACCGUCUUGGGAAAAUAUUUGGGAUCAGAAUUCCAGGUGAUGUUCUUUUAUGCUGCUCUUGUGUUCCUCAUCUGCCUUAUUGUACACUUGUGCAGUAUUCCCGAAACUUCUCUCGCUGACAAGGUAGAAUCCGAAGCCCUGCUGAAAACAGCUGAGCCCUAUCCAUAUGGUUCCAUAGGAAAAGUCAAGAAUGGUUAUUUUAACAGCGGAUAUAAUGAAAUACGGGUUUUAUCUCGGCAAGGGAAGCCCACCCUCAAAGAAGACAUUCAGGUAAUUGUACCUUUUUUAGACUGCCAUCUCUGCCUUUAAUUCUAAUAUAUUUGACAUGGUAACCCUGGACCCUCCCGCGAAGUGGAAAGUGAUGUAAUCAGUUUGGAGGAUCAGGUUAUCCAAAAUAAAAAUGGAGGCCAGAACAUGGGGCUGGGUCCUGACUAAGUAAGUUGUGCCUAGUUCCCAUUGAAAUCAAAAGAACUUCAGUUAAGUCAUGACUAACUUGUCCUGUCUGUUUCAAUGGGACCUAAGUAAGUUCAACUACCUUAGUCUGGUUCCAACACAUAAUAUUUAUGAAUGGCCUAUUUCCUAUACUUUGGGCAUGAUCUUAAAAAGUUAGUUAUGAUGGAGGCUACAAUCUUAUACAGUACUCACUGAUCUGGGAAUAAGCCCCACUGAACUCAGCGGGACUUAUGAGUACACAAGCACAGGAAUGCAUUGUAGGCUCUGUUAAAGGCAGUGAAAUUGAAUGGGUGAUCCAGACAAACAUCACAUUACUUUUAGUGGAACUUAACUGCAACACACUUUCACUAGACUGUUCCUCUUGGAUAUAAUCAUUAAAUUACCCCAGAUUACACCGAGAUACUAAGUAUCUUGUAUGGUGGUUCCUCCCUUCUGACUUGGUGCAGAAAUAAGAAAUAUUGGGCGGGAUUCACCUGAUCAGCCCUUUUGGGGGAAGGACUUUCACUUGUGCAGUUGGGCUCCCACUCCCCCUGCACCUCCCAAAAUUGGCUUGAAGGUCAGGAGGACUCCCAGAACAGCAUGCAAGGAGAAGCUGGAAUGCUUGCACUGAUGGAACGAUUACAAGAGUGCAAUACUGAACUCCAAACAUCGAUCUCUGUGUGACUGUUAUCUGACAGGCUCUUCGUGAAAUAAGACCUUAUUGUGUCACAGUAAUUAAUAUUCUGUGGUCCCCUGUGAAUGAAACCCACAGUCUGCGGGCUCCUCUUCUAAUAGCUUUACAUUUAGCUUUACAUUUUUAAAGAUAAGUCGUUGGCUGCAAUCCCAGAGAGCAAUAUGUGUGCCCAGCUAUCUGAGUUCACUGAUCUUGAUUAACUUUGCUCGGAUUCCAUGUCUUGCACUUAGCCAAGAAGGAUCUUGGAUCUUGGCAAAGCAUCGCUAUAUUCAGCUGUCCCUCAGCCAGGUCCUCAAGUUAAUGCGUUUAGUGAAAAGGAGUCAGCCGGUCAGUACAUGCUGCAUUCAUUACAGAUGUCAACAGCUUUUGCAUGGUUCUUGGUCUAACAACACAGGAUUCUGAAUUGCAUUAAGCAUCUGGUGCAUUCUACUGAAACACUUAAAAAAAACAGCUCUUUGAAAAAGGACCUGGAAAUGGUCCUAUGCAUGCUUAUUUAGAGGUAAGUCCCACUUUGUUCGGUGAGGCUUACUCCCAGAUAAAUGUGCACAGGAUUGUAGCCAGAGUCUGGGGAAAAUGAAACGUUAACAUGUACCUUGUUUCCUAAAGAUAUAUGAAGAUUCAGAUAAGCAGAUAAUUUUGCAUCUAGAUCUGAAAAUGGCCAUGAGUCACCCAUGUAAAAACUGACAUAACUUUGGCCAGAAUUUUCUGAAGUGUUUAUUUUCAAGUGAAGUUGAUCUGCAUGAAUAUUUGGUAGCAAGUUGAUAUAUUUUGAAGCCAGUGGAGCUUACAUUCUGCUUCUUUGAUCACAGCUGUGUUGUGCCAGCCUUGUGCCAACAAGGAAGAUUUUUUCUUAGGAUUGUGCCAAUCUUGUUCUGGGAUCUGUAGAUGUGUUUUAUAUCACUGGCAAUAUAUACCAUGGUGAGCCACUGCUAAUCAGAAUUCAAAGUACUAGGCCAGAUUGAUCAAUGGUCUGACACUGUUGCUCUUGCGUCUGCUAAUCAGUUUCACAUCCAAACAAAAACGCAUUCAAGGAAAUUAUGUGAAAUGGAUUUUUUUGGGGGGGAGGCAUUUGUUUAUUUCAAGCUUGUUUACCCUGCUAUUUAAUCACACUUCCAGAGUGAUUCAGGGCUCCUCCAGACAAUCUAUUUAUCCAGCCUUCAUCUUGAUUUGUAUGCACAAAGUUUAUGCAUUGGUUAGACUGUGCCCAGACUUUCUUGAACAUUUGUUCUCAUUUGUUUACAGGGCAGUUAUACAACAAUGAGCAUUCAACAUGAUAUCCUUGUGGGGCGUUUGCAUGUCUUCCUGUUAAUCAUUUGUUCAGCCCUCACGUUUCAGUGCAUUUCCCUGUCACUUUCCUAACUGCAAAAAGUUGUUAAAAAACAGAUUUGCUGGAUCAGGACAGGUAGGCGUAUAAGGAGCAAUAGCGUUGCAAGCAACCAGUGUGAACAAAGCAGCACAAAAUUGAAUAAGGAAGACUUGAUAUCCAAAUGCACACCAGCUGGAUCUGAUAAUUCAGAUAGAAGUGAGCCUUGAGUUGUUGGUUUAGCUAAAACCCCAACUAUCUGAUAUUUCUAGAGAAAGUGCAUUCCUUGUUUCUUUAGCUCUUUAGCUGUCAGCCAGAGGCAAUUCCUGUGGGGUGAGAUGUCUUGUUUCACCUUGCCAACCAUUCAAAACAGCCUUCUGAAAGUUGCUUUCAUGUGCUGGUUUAUUUUCAUGCAAGGCAUCCACUCCCACAAACUUCUGCAUCAUCCAUCAGUAUCUGGAGAGACAGUGGUGUUACUUUUUAUUAAUAAUUCAUCUAAUAAAUUUAUAUUCUACCUUGAGGCAGAAUAGGUAGGGCUCCCAGGUGGUCUCCUAUCCAGGCACAAGACCUGACCUAGACCUCCUUAGCUUCAGCUGCACCAUUUGCCCACAGACCAUGCCCUGGGAAUAGUUCUCUUUUAAGAAUAUGGUCCAUCGGCCCAUCUAACCCAGUAUCCUUUUCACACAGUCGCUUACCAGAUGCUUAGGGGUAGCCUGUAAGCUGGACAUGAGCACAACAGCACUCUGCCCACCUGUGAUUCCCAGCAUACAGUAUUCAGAGACAUACUGCUUCUGACACAGGUGGUUAGGACAUAGCUUAGAUCUUCAUGAAUUUGUCUAAUCCUCUCUUAAAGUCAUCCAAGCUGGUGGCCAUCACUGUCUCCUGUGGGAGCUAUUUCCAUAGUUUAACUAAGUGCUGCAUGAAGAAGUUCUUUCUUUUAUCUGUAAUGAAUCUUCCAACAUUUAGCUUCAUUGGGUGUGCACAAGUUCUAGUUUAUGAGAUAGGAAGAGAAGGGGGACAAGAGAGCUGAGAAACUGAAGAGUGGAGAGACAGGGGAAAAAAAUCCUCCAGGCUGUUGGUGUAGCCUUAUUAGACCUUACCAAUUGGUAGGGUGAGCGUUGCUCCCAGAACAGGGAGGAAGGAGUCAAAUGACACCGAGGUUUGGUUCAGAGAAAGAGUUUAUUCUGCUCUCCGGAUAGCAGAAGGCACUGCGUGAAUCGGUUCACAGCAAGCACAAAAGCAGGAGAAAUUGCAUACAGUAUAUAUAUUCUCCAGGCACCCUCUCUCCCCUUCCCCAGAAAUCCUGACAUGCAAGCUUAUACACCUAAGUUGACAUCACAGAUGUUCCUGCUCCUGUACUCUUAACCAUAAAAGGGUGUUCCUGUUCCUGUAUUCCUUAUCUUGGGGUAAGAAGGUCACCAACUCUAACAGUACUCCUGGCGCCGUUCCUGGGGGGCUGACAAGGUCUGUGCGUCAGUGUGGUCAGGAUGUAAGAUAAGACCCAGAUGUGUCAUCCCUGCUCCACUUUGGAACUGGCAAGGCCAUUCAUUAGGCGUCACGGACUGAUAAAGGAGAGAGUUUUGUUUAUACAGCUGUGUUCCUGUUAUACAUUUGCUCAAGAGCUCAAGUUAAUGGUUUUUAGCUAAUGCACCCUUGGAGAAGGAAAAAUGGGAUUUUGGGGCCCGUUUCAGACUGACUGCACAGUCAGGUUUUAGAUUUUGGGGAACCCAUUCCUUCAUUGGGAGCCUUUUCAAUGAAACGUUGGAACAUCCUUCCUUUCAGGUUCAGAAGCAGAUGACCAUUAAGUCCCUCCUCAAAGCACUCCUAAGCAUGCCUUCCCACUACCGCUGCUUGUGUGUGAGCCAUCUGAUGGGAUGGACAGCUUUCCUUUCCAACAUGCUCUUCUUCACCGAUUUCAUGGGACAGGUAUGGAAAAGUAACCAUCUUUCCUCUGGGCAAAUUCAAAUUUUAGGAUUUAACUUUCAUUCACUUGCUUGUGCAGCAUGAUGGCAGAUUUCCACAGUUGUCAACAUCAAGAACAGGCAAAUUAGAUUUCCAAGAACAAAAAAUGGAUGCCUCCAAGCAUUCUUCAUAGAACUGGGUCCAUUGGGUAGCUGGAUUUUUCGUCUUUUACUUUUCAAAAAAGGUUUCUGCUGUUUAAUCUACCUCAGUCUCCAAAAAUGAAAAAUGGCAGUCAUAAAAACACAAAGGUUUCCAUUUGUGGUCUAAAUGUUUGAUUCCCCUUCACCUCACUCUUGAAUUCUGUAGAACUGAUAAUCAUACCAUACAUUUUAAAAUUAGAAACUAGAGAAGAAGGCAGAAACGAAGAUAUUGGAGAUAUACUUCAGAGGCCCAGACUAUGAGAAGCCCGAAAAAAAUUAAUAAUUAAUAAUUUGGACUGUAAUUUAGUUGUUUUUUAUUUUAGUUUAUUGUUGUUUUGUUUAAUUGGAUUAUAAUUGGAUUAUGAUUUGAUGGCUAUGUUAAUUGGCUGUUUUCUAUUGGAAAAUUAAUAAAAAUGAUUUUAAAAAAUAAAUAAAUUAGAAACUAGCAGUUAAUUGUUUUGUUUACCACAUUAAUGUAUGCGGCAUUUCCAACAGAAAUAAACCUGACAUUUCAGGCUCUCUGUUUGAUGCUAUUCAGACUUGUAUGUGGGUUUUUCAAGUCUGAUCCUUCCCCCUUGCUAGUGGAGGUUGUCACUGCACUGGCGCUACUAAGAACGGGAUAACCAAUGAGACCAUCUUGGCUGUGAGCCCUGGAAGACCUGCUCCCUGCCUUGCAGGCCUUUUCCCACCUGGGUUGUUGCUGUUAAUUUUCUGUAUGUUUAUUUUGGAUCUUAUGAUUUAUGUGGAAAUUGUUCAAUUUCUUUUUUUGAUGUCUUGUUGGUUGUUUAUGACUGCUUUUGCUGUGUAUGUAGUGGUGCAAUUUUGUACAUGUUGUAAGCUGCCUUGAGCAUGGUUUUAACUUUGGAAAGCCAAACAUAGUCUGCCCCACAAGCGAGGAUUGGAAACCAUGUUCAAGCUGAAGUUUACAAUCCUGGUUUUCAGGCAAGAGAGUAAGCAGUGAGUUGUAUCCCACAUUAAAGGUAAAGGGACCCCUGACCAUUAGGUCCAGUCGUGACCGACCCUGGGGUUGCACGCUCAUCUCGCUCUAUAGGCCGAGGGAGCCGGCUUUUGUCUGCAGACAGCUUCCGGGUCAUGUGGCCAGCAUGACUAAGCUGCUUCUGGCGAACCAGAGCAGCACACGGAAACGCCAUUUACCUUGCUGCCGGAGCGGUCCCUAUUUAUCUACUUGCACUUUGAGGUGCUUUCAAACUGCUAGGUUGGCAGGAGCAGGGACCGAGCAACGGGAGCUCACCCCGUCGCAGGGAUUCGAACCGCCGACCUUCUGAUUGGCAAAUCCUAGGCUCUGUGGUUUAACCCACAGUGCCACCCACGUCCCACAUUAGUCCUACUCAAAAUCAACCCAUUGAAAUGAAUGGGCAUGUCUAACAUAGGUCCAUUAAUUUCAGUAGGUCUGCUGUGAGUACCGGUAUAUCUUAGUUGGAUACAGUCCUAUGACUUAGCAGGAACUGGGACCACGUGUUUCUUUUGCGAGGGGAGAAAGAUGGAAAAGGAAAUUCAUGAGCCCCAGGUUAGUUAUUGUAAUGCCAAGCCAUGGUUUGGUGUGAAGAGACAUAGAGUAGCAUUGUGCUGCUGGAAAGCCUGUCCGAAACAGAAGCCAGACCGCAAUACUAUCAAUUCUUGGCCCUGCGCUAUUGGCAGAAAAUUGGCUGACAAUACAUAUCACCAUCACAAUUAAAGUCACCAACAUCAAAUAAACACAGAUGCAGUCCUGUGCACAUUUGCUUGGAAGCCAGUAUUUUGUGUCCUGUUUUAUUUAGAGGCAUGAUUACCAGCACAGCUUGUUCUUAUUCUUUUCUGUUUUGCCACACUGCAGAUUGUAUUCAAUGGUGAUCCUUAUGCACCUCAUAACUCCACAGCGUACCUAACCUACGAAAGGGGAGUAGAGAUCGGGUGCUGGGGAAUGUGUAUCAACGCCAUCUCUUCCUCGCUUUAUUCCUGUGAGUACUACCAACAAAUGGAUCACUUGCGAUCUGACCAAAAUAUAACGUGCAUUCAUACAGGCAGGGCAUUUCGCCUACAUUCUCUAUGUGACCAUACAACAACUUUGUAAGGUUGAUCGAUACUAUUUAUGCCCAUAUUACAGAAACAAAGUUGAGGCUGUGAGAAUGGUGGUUUGUGCCAAGGCUUCCUGGUGAUGCCAUGACAGAAGCAAGGUUCAGAAACAGGGCUUUAUGGUAGAGCUCAUGCUCUACAACCAUGUCAGCUAAUAAUAUAAAGGUAAAGGGACCCCUGACCAUUCGGUCCAGUCGUGACCGACUCUGGGGUUGCGGCGCUCAUCUCGCUUUAUUGGCCGAGGGAGCCGGCGUUUGUCCACAGACAGCUUCCGGGUCAUGUGGCCAGCAUGACUAAGCUGCUUCUGGCGAACCAGAGCAGUGCACGGAAAUGCUGUUUACCUUCCCGCCAGAGCGGUACCUAUUUAUCUACUUGCACUUUGUGCUUCCGAACUGCUAGGUUGGCAGGAGAAUAAUAUACUGACAAUAUUUUUAUAACACUGUACAGUGCUACCUCUGGUUAAGUACUUAAUUCAUUCUGGAGGUCCAUUCUUAACCUGAAACUGUUCUUAACCUGAAGCACCACUUUAGCUAAUGGGGCCUCCCACUGCUACGCGAUUUCUGUUCUCAUCCUGAAGCAAAGUUCUUAACCCGAGGUACUAUUUUUGGGUUAGUGGAGUCUGUAACCUGAAGCGUCUGUAACCUGAAGCAUAUGUAACCCGAGGUACCACUGUACUGUUUCAAAAUUCAUAAACAGAAGACAUAUAAUAUGUGCAUGGAGUCACAAAUUAAUAAGAAUCAAAUAUAUUUUCCAUGAACAGGAAUGGUAGGAGUGGUAAGUCUCUGAAAUAGAGGCAGAAUGCCUUUCCACAGUCAAUAUCCUACAAAUGUGAGAUGAUGAGUACCCCAAACAUCACAAUAGGGUGCUCCAAGCACAGCGGCAGACAGCAAAUAAAUGUUCCAUGAACAGGAAUGGUAGGAGUACAAGGUAUAAGAUUUCAAGCUUCCUUCAUUGAUAUGCGUGGUAAGACCCAGAGAGUAGUCUAGAGGUGGGAAAUCAAGUUUUUAGCUGCCGAAACCAAACAGAUUUCAUAUGCAAGCUCCUUGGAGGAAGCGAGGUACAAUUAGUAAGAUUCUGUCAACAGCUUCACUUUGAAGGAAGGUAAUAUUAUUUUCAAAGAUAUUGCAGACGUUUCACACUCCAGUUUGAUCUACAUUAAACAAUACAUAAACCUUGCUAAAUAAAAUAAUGUUCAGCAAUGUUUCCAAUGGUUUCCUUUUAGACAGAAAUCCCCCACCCCUUUCCCAAUCUUUUUCUUCCAACAGAUUUGCAGAAAGCGCUUCUGCCUUACAUUGGAUUAAAGGGACUUUACUUCAUUGGAUACCUGCUUUUUGGGCUAGGCACUGGCUUCAUUGGGCUCUUUCCCAAGGUGUAUUCGACUUUGGCCCUCUGUUCCCUCUUCGGCGUAAUGUCCAGCACAUUAUACACAGUGCCAUUCAACCUCAUUGCUGAUUAUCACAAGGAGGAGGAAGAGGUAAGUUAGAAGGGAUGGUUGUUGUCAGAUCCUUUCCUAUAGCAUCCUUGUUACAACGCCCGUGCCUUUCCCUCCCCACUCCUUUUCUGGAUGCUAUGCAAGAAGUGAGUGCAGAAGUCUACAGCCAGGUUGCCUCUCUUUAUUGCUCACACCUUGAAAGUCAGCUGAUGGCACCUGAGCCCUGCUUUUCUAGACUUUCUGCUUAAAAUCUCAGGGGAAAAUAAAUAGUGCUAAAAACCAGUGGAGUAGGCCUUAAAAAGGUAAAGGGGACACCUGACCAUUAGGUCCAGUCGUGACCGACUCUGGGGUUGUGGCGCUCAUCUCGCUUUAUUGGCUGAGGGAGCCGGCGUACAGCUUCCGGGUCAUGCAGCCAGCAUGACUAAGCCAUUUACCUUCCCACCAGAGCGGUACCUAUUUAUCUACUUGCACUUUGACAUGCUUUCGAACUGCUAGGUUGGCAGGAGCAGGGACCAAGCAAUGGGCGCUCACCCCGUCAUGGGGAUUUGAACCACCGACCUUCUGAUCAGCAAGUCCUAGGCUCUGUGGUUUAACCCACAGCGCCACCCGCGUAGGGAUUAAAUCUGCACACACUGAUUUAGAACAGUGUUUUGCACACAGUAUUCUUUGCUCACAAUAUUUUGUUGCAACGUCAUACACAGAAUGGGAUGAAAAUAAUCCCACCAAGAAUUACAUUUUAUUGGCUACGACAGCCUGGAUCAGCAAAUGUUCUGAAGGCAAGGCAGGAUGCUCAAGGAGCAGAGCUUCAUUAUAGAAGUCAAGGCUGAACACAUCUCAGCCUCUUGAGUUAGCUUCAUGAUCAGAAGAAGCUGCGGAGGCUGAACUUUUUCAAGGAUGUUAGAUUUUGUGUGGUUUAGAGGACUUGAGAGUUCAUCAAGUGGAAAGCACUGCAAGCCCGAUGUUUCAUACUUUAGUUGUGGGAAAUUGCAGUCAAACUAAUGUGCUAGUUAGUGCAUGACGGGGUUAAGACCAGAAAGGACUGUUCCUAAACUCAGCCAGGUCAUGCCCCCCCCCAACGUCCAUGAGGGAGAAAGUGAAACUUAUUUGAUUUCCUUUCCUCACUCUUUCCGUGCCAUGUAACAGACCAGGAUGCAUUACGUUCUGUAUAUUGCACCUGUGUUCUCUUUGCUACUGCAUGGAACAACGUAUGAACUAGACUUUUGGACUUAGUAGGUAAAAUUUUUAAAACUUACUUAACUGUAUGUGGUCUGAUCAUUGCAAGAAGGGUAGAGAGAGGGAGCAAGUGCUGUAAGCAAACUAAACAGGAUAUGAAAAGGGUCUAACAACCUGUAUUCCAUGUUAUAAUGCUGCUGAACUCUGAGAGUGUUUUUAACUCUACCAGGGUCUCUCUCCCACUGGAGAGGGCACCCAGCCGAUAUUUUUUUAAUUACCUACACGGGGCUCAUAGCUACUUUCCUCCCACAUACUAGUGAAAUUCAUUUUUCAUAGAAAAAAGUCUUGGUAACCUUAGCUUGUCACGAUACAUUUGCAGACAUUUGAUAACUAACUUCUUUGCUGAACUUUAUGCCCUCCUGUUAACAUAAGGCAACACAGUGGUCAGAAAACUGGGGAGAUCUGGAUUCACAUUUCCACUGAGCUAUGAAAUUCACUGGUUGAUCCUGGACCAGUCACCAUCUCUCAAUCUAAUCUACUUCACAGGGUUGUUGUGGGAUAAAAUGAAGAGUGGGGGGGAAAACCUGUAUAUGUUUAAUUUUAUUUCCAGAAAUUAGAAAACUCCUCUCUCUCUCUCUCUCUCUCUCUCUCUCUCUCUCUCUCUCACACACACACACACACACACACAUGUUCCUUUAUUUCCCUAGAGGAAAGGCAGGAUAUAAUUGUAAAAAAUAUUUUUAAAAAUAUGUAUUUGAUAUGAUGGCACUAGAAAGGUAGUUCAAUUGCAUGCUCUGUUAAUAAAAGAGUUUUUAUCUCCAGCUUUCUAAGGGUAAUUAUGGUUCAGCAAAUAAGAUAGUGUAUCAUUCAUGACAAGCCCAGACCAUCACAAACCCAUUUUAUUUAAUUAUUUAUAAAAAAUGCACUUCACAUUGACCUUGCAAUGCUUUUAAUUUAUCAUUCAGAAAGCACCCUUGUUCCCUGUUAAGUGUGAAUUGGAUGACUCUUCAGUCAAGUGCCCUGGAUUUCAAUGUAAGCUAGUAGGGAAACAUCAUACUUCAAAGGAGUUUUCGAUUUACUCCCCCAAAGCCCGGAGGACACAGCAUUUAACGGAACCUUAUGAACUGUCCAUGGAACACAAGGCAGAGUUUAACAGCCAUGCAGUCUAGCAAGUGGGGGGAAGUUUUAGCAAGAACUUCAAGGGAAAUCUCCUUUCAAAACCAAUGAAGCCAAUUGCCAAUUUCUGUAAAGGAAGUUGAUUCCGGGAAAGGCUAGGUACAUUCUACCAGCUUGAGUAGGGUUUCAGAGUAUGUGCAGAGUUCCUUGCCAGUCAUGUGGUUCGUGUGACUGUUCCCUAUUCUGUGCGGUUCCAGCAGCCCAGAGGCUGUUUCAGAAAACUGGGAGGAGGACACCAGAGCUUUAAAUCAUGCCACUUAUCGUGGGCACAAGAACAAAGUCUUGCCUUGCCUGCUCAUCAAGACUGUGUAGUAUUUGAACAGCUGAGAUUCAUGCAGUGAAACCAACAGGGCAGGAUUGUAUGGUCGGCUGUGCCUUGUUUGAUGGAGUUCCUAUAUCUGCUUGCUUUCAGGGCCAGACCGGAGGACAAGCCGGAGAGCACAAACGAGGAAAAGGUGUGGACUGCGCUGCCCUCACUUGCAUGGUCCAGCUGGCGCAGAUCAUUGUUGGGGUGGGCCUGGGCUUCCUGGUCAGUGCUGCUGGGAGCGUGGUGGUGGUGGUGAUCUCUGCCUCUGCAAUCGCUUUACUGGGCUGCUGCUUUGUAGCGUUCUUUGUUCGUUAUGUGGAAGAGAACAAUAAAUAG